AAGAACAAGAAAAAUUAAAGAAAACAGGAGAUAAAGUAGAUAACACAAAGAAAACAUAAAUGUUUGCAUUUUUGUCUGUGACACGUGUAUAGUUGUAGUUUCCGUCUGGCGUAGAGGAGUGGACAAUUCUGCAGCACGACACGGUCGUUGACCAUAACAAUGGAGGUUAAAAAUCAGCCAGCGGCUGCAGAAUAGCAGCAACAAAUCAAUCCGAGUAGGGGGAAAAAAAAAAAGGAAAAAAAGAAGAAAAGUGAGAUAUAGAUUGGAAACGAAAAAAGUCGAAGGCUUUUUUUCUUUGCCUAUAAAUUUCAAAGGGAAUGGGACAAAUCAAAGAAGCUGCAAAGUGGGUUCACGGUAACAGCGAAGAACGCAUGGUCUAACACAACCAAAACAAAACAAAGCCUGCCAAACAACAAACAGAAAAACCCACCUUUUCUUUUCCUUCUUUUGUUUCUUAUUAAUAUCCACUUCCACAUUUUUUAUUUUUUAUUUUUUUGGUUCUUUCCCAAUUUUGCUUUAGAUUAUGUUCGUCUUACUCACAAAAUAGCAGAAUUUCCCAACAAAUUUUAUUACUUGAUAUGGGUCUUUGCUGGGGAUCUCUUUCUCAUCACGAUCGUAAGCCUAGCACCACUGAACACUCUGUCACUCCAGCGACAUCUAGCAAUUACAGCAAGAACAUAGGAUUUUCGGCAACGAGCAGCGGCAACGAGAAGAGUCAAUUUUCGGAGGCAGCAACUACUGCAAGCGUGGACGAGAAUUACCCAAAUGGGCAAGUAUUAGCAAUACCCAACUUGAGAGUUUUCAGCUUUGCUGAAUUGAAGUCUGCUACGAAGAAUUUCAAGUCGGAUACAGUGCUUGGUGAAGGAGGCUUUGGGAAAGUUUUCAAAGGUUGGGUGGAUGAGAAGACGCUUGCACCUUCAAAGUUUGGUAUUGGUAUGAUGGUUGCUAUUAAGAAAUUGAACCACGAAAGUGUGCAGGGUUUCCAGGAGUGGCAGUCAGAAGUGAACUUCCUAGGAAGGCUUUCUCAUCCCAACCUUGUGAAGCUUCUGGGAUAUUGUUGGGAGGAUAAAGAACUACUCCUUGUGUACGAAUUCAUGCAGAGGGGAAGCUUGGAGAACCAUCUCUUUAGAAGGAAUCCUUCCAUUGAGCCACUAUCCUGGGAUAGAAGACUCCAAAUAGCAAUUGGAGCAGCUCGGGGACUGGCUUUCCUACAUACUUCAGAAAAGAAAGUCAUAUACAGAGAUUUCAAAGCCUCAAAUAUACUGCUUGAUGCGAACUUCAACGCAAAAAUUGCAGAUUUUGGCUUAGCGAAGUUGGGGCCAGCCGGUGGAGAAUCACAUGUGACAACCCGGAUUAUGGGCACCUAUGGCUAUGCUGCUCCUGAAUAUGUCGCAACAGGCCAUUUGUAUGUAAAGAGUGAUGUGUAUGGAUUUGGUGUUGUACUGCUUGAAAUGCUAACAGGCUUGCGGGCUCUUGACACAAAACGCCCUAGUGGGCAGCAAAACCUUGUAGAUUGGGCUAAGCCAUGUCUGUCUUCAAAACGAAAGUUAAAAACCAUUAUGGAUUUGCGGAUGGAGGGCCAAUAUUCCCCCAAGGCGGCAUUACAGGCAGCACAACUUACCCUGAAAUGCCUAGAACCGGAACCUAGAAGCCGCCCCUCCAUGAAAGAAGUUGUGGAGUCACUAGAACAGAUUGAAGCAAUGAAAGGAAAACCAAAGCCAUCUAAAACUAUGUCCAAUCCUUGUCCUGCUCGUCGUCCUGCUCAACAUUAUAUUCAUAAUCGUUCCCCAAUCAACACUAGGCAGUAGUCGCCAGGAUUCUGGAUGAAGAAAGCUAUUAACAUUCUCAUCAGGCAAGGUAAAAUGAUAUUGGACAUUAGAAAUUCAUGUUGCUUUGAUAUCGUGUGCAGUUCUUUAAAGUGAUUGAAGAAUCAUCUUUUCGUUCAAUUUUUUCUUUUUGUUAUUUUUACCAAUUGUUUGAAUUCAUCAAAAUUUUGUUGUGAUAGUAGUUGGUAUUUGUCCUCAAUUGGAUAAUGUCAUUGUUGUAAAGUUAGAAAUAGGAUUUCUAAUGUAACAAAGAAUUGAAUCAAGGAAUGUCAAAAAGGUUCUAUAAUUUAAGCUGCUUA